CUUCGCCCUCCUCCUCGUCAGUUCCCUUCCCGCCCUUCUCCACACAGCGCUGCCAUUCGUUCGCCCCUUUCUCAUCCCUCCUCUUUUUCUUUCUUUCUUUUCUUUCUCUAGCCUCGCCUGAGGAAAUUCCCUUAGCGCCACCCCUUCUCCUCCUCCUCCUUCAUUCCUCUCUUUCUUUCUUCCCUCUAGUUCUGCCCCAAAUGUUCAGCCCGGAUAAACUGUUGGGGCAGCUGUCCAAGCUGGACAGAUACGGGAACAUGGCGUCCAUGGGGGAUUUUAACUCCGUCAGCGCCAACAUCCCGGCCACCCGGGUGGAGGUCUCCGUCUCCUGCAGGAACCUUCUGGACAGAGACACUUUUUCAAAAUCUGAUCCAAUCUGUGUUUUAUAUACACAAGGUAUGGGGAAUAAAGAAUGGAGAGAGUUUGGGAGAACAGAAGUAAUCGACAAUACAUUGAACCCAGAUUUUGUAAGAAAAUUUAUAAUGGAUUACUUUUUUGAAGAGAGACAGAAUCUACGGUUUGACUUGUAUGAUGUUGAUUCAAAGAGUCCAGAUUCAAAGCAUGAUUUCUUGGGACAAGUGUUCUGUACACUUGGAGAGAUUGUUGGAAGCCACGGAUCGCUAGAAAAACCAAUAAUAGGAAUUCCUGGGAGGAAAUGUGGAAUAAUUAUACUGACAGAGGAACUGAACUGUUGCCGGGAUGCUGUUCUGAUGAUUUGUGCAAACAAAUUAGACAAGAAAGAUUUCUUUGGGAAAUCAGAUCCUUCUUGUAUUUUUCGCAGCAACGAAGAUGGCAGCUUUACAAUUUGCCACAGACAGAAGUUAUAAAAUACAUUAAAUCCAGUGUGGCAAGCAUUCAAGAUAUCUGUCAGAGCACUUUGUAAUGGAGAUUAUGACAGAACAAUUAAGGUAGAGGUGUAUGACUGGGAUAGAGAUGGAAGUCAUGAUUUUAUUGGAGAAUUCACAACGAGUUUCAGAGAAUUGUCCAGAGGACAGUCACAGUUUAAUGUGUAUGAGGUAAUAAAUCCAAAGAAAAAGGCAAAAAAGAAAAAAUACGUUAAUUCAGGAACAGUAACAUUACUAUCCUUCCUAGUGGAAACAGAAGUUUCAUUUCUUGACUAUAUUAAGGGCGGGACGCAAAUCAAUUUCACUGUGGCUAUUGAUUUCACAGCUUCAAAUGGUAACCCUGCACAUUCCACCUCACUUCAUUAUAUGAACCCAUACCAGCUGAAUGCUUAUGGCAUGGCAUUAAGGGCAGUAGGAGAGAUUAUUCAGGACUAUGACAGUGACAAAAUGUUUCCAGCUCUAGGUUUUGGUGCAAAACUGCCUCCAGAUGGAAGAGUAUCUCAUGAAUUUGCCUUGAAUGGAAAUCCUCAAAAUCCUUAUUGCAAUGGAAUAGAUGGUGUAAUGGAAGCAUACUACAUGAGUUUAAAAUCAGUACAGCUUUAUGGACCUACAAACUUUGCUCCUGUUAUCAAUCAUGUAGCAAGAUAUGCUGCCUCAGUAAAAGAUGGCUCCCAGUAUUUUGUCCUCCUCAUUAUUACAGAUGGGGUCAUUUCUGACAUGGCUCAGACUAAGGAAUCCAUAGUGAAUGCGUCAAAGCUUCCAAUGUCAAUAAUAAUUGUGGGAGUUGGACCAGCAGAAUUUGAUGCCAUGGAAAAAUUGGAUGGUGAUGAAGUAAGACUGUCUUCAAGAGGAGUAUAUGCAGAAAGGGAUAUUGUACAGUUCGUACCAUUCCGGGAUUACGUUGACAGAAGUGGAAACCACAUAUUAAGUAUGGCCAGACUUGCUAGAGAUGUCUUGGCUGAAAUCCCAGACCAAUUUCUCUCCUACAUGAGAGUCAGAGGAAUCAAGCCAUCUCCUGCACCGCCACCAUAUACACCACCAAUUCAUGUAGUGCAGACUCAGAUAUGACCACACCAGAUGCUUAGUGAUUUCACAACCAUAAAGCACUGCUAAAGUAUGUGCUACAGGAUAGUGGUGCACUUUGAUGGGCCAGUGAGCUGAGGCCAAGUGUCCAACUUUGUAUGCAGCAGGAGAUUCUAGUGGGCUUUGGAGCAAAAUAAGUUAUUCAUAUACCAAAAUGUCUAAUCUGGUUGCAUGCGCAACUGAACAGCUUUUAUGUAUGAGGAGCAAAAUGGUGGUGUUUGUUUCUGAGUUGUUUCUUUAAUUUCUAACAGAAAAGGCUAUUGUCAUGUUACUGGAGAAAGCACAAAUCACGGGUUCUAUUCAGAAGUCUUUGUCUUUCCUGAUUUAAAAUGUACAUACAAUGUGAAUGCAAUUCCUGUGUAUCAAUGUUUACAUGUUACUACUUUUCAAAUUUAACAACUUUUUUAUAAUUAAUAUUAAGAAUUUGGAAUAUUAAAUUGUCUUCUAUCUUGCAAUAGUAAAAUCCACAAGAGAAGCAAUAUCUCUCUGACUGAUUGUCCAGACAAAUACAAAUGCCAAACUAAGGAUGGAAAGUAGACCAGGGACAUAGGACAAAAUGCAUUCAUAGGACUUGAUAAUGAAAACACCUCACUUAAGUGCUCAGUUAAGAAAUCAUCUGAAAUAUUUGAGAAUAAGCUUCCAAAAUGUGAAUACUGUAAGAUAUGUAUUUUUGCAAGGUAUAACUGUUACUAAAGUAACUUGCGUUUACAUUUUUUAAGACUGAUUAUGCUGGCAUAAAAAAUUUGAUCAAAGUAGUGUAAUCCUAGAAAAUGGCUGCAUCGAAUAACUUUUGAGUCCUGUAGCUGAGUCCAUGUAAUGUGUAGAGUAUCUUGCAUACAGUAGAGCUUUGGCAUCAUAUUGAGUUCUGCAGGUGGGUAUUUUAUUAUGAGUGACAUAAAGCUCUUAUGCAAAUUGCCAGUUGAUGUGAAGUUUGUCGGAAUUGUUCACUCAAAGGGAUGCUGGCUCAGUUAGAGUUGGCUAUUGACAUUGUCACACUGCCACGUAGGGCACACAAGUGGUAAUAUAUUAACUGAGUUAUAAUUGCACAGCUGUGUUGCUUUGUGCACAACUUUGUGUAUAGAAAUACUCAAAUAUUUUAUGAUAUGCCUGUUCUUAUUCUAAUUAUCAAAUGUUUUUGCAUGUACAGUUUUUACAAGAAGUUCACAUUUUUGUGAGUAUUUGUGUCAAAACUUUUAAUUAUAACAAAUGGCCUUAAAUCUCACAAAUACUUUGGAAAUGAUUGUGAAUUGCCUUCAAAUACUGGAAAACAUGUUUUACUUUUGUGUCAAAGUUGUAAUUGCCUUGUAAUAUGUGGCUCUCCCUUUUUUUUGGCACAUAACCUGUUUACUACUUUAUUUACUACUAUAUAUAAUAUACUGAACAGUAUUAAAUUAUGGUGCAUUUUUAAGCAUGAAAGGGUUUUUUUUCUGGGGAAAAAUAUAUUCACAGCAUCCAUAGCAUAUUAUGCUCUGUAAUACAAAAUCUUCCAUUUUUAAAUAUAUUAAAUGUCUUUAAAAUAUUCUCAUACUGGAAAUUGCUUCUCUAAAUAUAAUACUGUAAUUGGACUAAUUGGUUAACUCAAAAUGGCUCAAUGCUGAGCAAGUUAUCAACCCUUUCUACAAGUAUUAAAUAUGGCAAAAUUAGGGUUUCUCCCGGUAGAGUGGAUAAAUGUUUCUGAAACCUUGAGAAGUUCAUAGUCUAGUAGAAUAAACAAAUCCAUGCAAAAUACAUUAAAAGCAAGCAGGAGCAUAGAGCUUGCCAAGCACUGAACAAAAGAUCCUUCUGUGCUUAGGAACAGUGGAAAGCAAAAACCUAUCUUCACCAAAUAUGAAAUAAUACAGCAAAACUUCUGUUAGAAGGCUCCCAAAGUCUAGAAGACUCCCAAAGAAUUUUCCUGACAUUGUAUUUCAUUUGAAUUUAAGUGUAUUGCCAUAAAAACCAGAAAGGCAAUUUUCCAAUGUGUCAGCUGGAAUUUUUCACUGAUAGACCAGACUUCUUCUUGAUCUAUGCUUUAGGUUGCUAAAAUUCUGUCAUAUUUUUUUCUAAUACAGUUUGUUCUUUUAAUUAGGUGAUCUCAUAACUAAAAUCAAGUCAUUGUUUAAUCUAUAUGUAGCAAAAUCUUUAUCAAGUAUGUUGUCUACCUCACUCUACCUGCAAAAUUGUUCUUCGACCAUAUUUUUUAGGAAUUGGCCCUGAUACAUUAUCUGGGAAUUUCAGUUGAAUAUUUAUAUCCCCAAAUGCCUUGACAUUAACAUAAAUUAUAAAAUGUUGCUGUCUUGUCAGUAUUAACAGAAGUAACACAUGAAUUGAAUGUUACUAGUCUGCUUUAUCUGAAGGAGCCUUAAUGGCUGGUUAUGUCUGAUUAAGUUACCACAACUUAUUUUUACCGCAAUAGUUGCUUGCAUCUUAUCCCUGUUAACCAUGUCAUGGAAUUUGAAAUGAAUGGAAUAAAAUCUAAAGUGAUAUGCCAA